GUUCUGUGUUGAUGUCCUCUCUUCAGACUCUGAAAUCUGAACAAACCCAUUCCCGCUGCUGUUGCGGAUGGAUAAACAAUACGUAUUCUCUUACUCUCAGGGUCGUCUGCCAGGUGUACAGCUUUGACAAGUCUCCGUGUUAUUAAAAUUGUCAACAUGAAGAGCGAGAGGGAGGACAUCAUUUUCCAGGCGCUCCUCUUGAUCCACAUCCCUGUGGCCUGCCUCUUCACUGCAGUGUCAGGUCAGUCCGACAGCAGCAGCAGUGUGGUGGUGGCAGGUUACAAUGUAAGCGCCCCAGCUGGGUCGAGGGUGGUGCUGCAGUGUGUGAGCGGUCGCAUGGUGUGGACCAGGGACAGGGUGAGGGACAGACAGAGGGUGCUCCACUGGGACCUGUACCGGGCCCAUCCAGACAACACCAUGGAGAGGGUGGUGGACAUGUUUUCAGCAGGAGACCAGAGGAUCUACAACUCCUACAACCUGGGUAGAGUCGGCAUCACCCAAACAGCCUUCAGGGAUGGAAACUUCUCCCUGGUCAUCAAAGAUGUGACGAUGAACGACAGAGGUCUGUACUCCUGUAACCUCCACCAUCUCUACUGCCACCUGUACGAGACGGUCAGAGUACAGCUCAACGUCACUAAAUCACGCCGUAAGGAACAGCGCUUCUGGGAUGGACAAAAGGCGGUGUAUGUGGUGCUGCUUGGGAGCACCGUGGUGCUGCCUUGCAUCAACCGACGCAACGUGUGGACAGACUGGAGCAACGACGAGGAGGACCAGCAGGUAGUCCACUGGGACCGCCAGUCCCCAGGAAUCCGCCAUGACCGUGCUGACCGGCUGGUGGAUCUGUACGCCUCUGGGGAGCAGCGCAGCUACGGACCACUGUUCCUCCAGAGGAAGAUGAACAUCAGCAAUCAAGCCUUCUCAGAGGGAGACUUCUCACUCACCAUAUCUGACCUGCAGCCCACAGAUGAGGGGAUGUAUUCCUGCCACCUCCACCAUCAUUACUGUGGCCUACAUGAGAGAAGAGAGUUCCAGGUCACAGUCGAGCCACCAGUGAUUCAGACCACCCAGACAGCCAAAGCACUGCCCAAUGAGGACAAAGAUACCACGAAGGCUGAAUCACCGCGAGUCAUCAAUGUUAUUCUGCCCGACCAGAGACACCACUUUCUCCUGCCGCUGGGCUACGUCCUCACGUCCUUCCUCCUCCUGGUGUUCAUUAUCCUCAUCAUUAUCCUCAUCACACGCAGGCGUAAAAUCAAAGAGUAUUAUCCUCAGGCAUCCAUGAGGUCCAGCAGAAGUCACAGCAGCUCGGAUGACUUUGAGAUGGACGUGACUGAAGUCAAUAUGUGCAACGAGGAAGAAAGAAGAUUCGACUACAAGAACAACCUGCUGAAAGUGAAGGCCCACAUGAACACUCAGCCUAAAGUCAUUGAUCUUGACAAAGAGAUGCAGAAGUUUGCUAAGUGAGAAAAUGAGAGGAAAAAGUGAAACUGGAGCCACUGGCUGGUCCAGAGGCUGCGCUCCAAAUGAAACACACUGCCUUCUGUCCUGGCAGGAGAGACGCCACAGAGAGAGAAGCAAUGUCGCCAGAACGCUUCGUUGUGAAAUGCAGAAAAAAAAACAAAAAAACCCAAAACAAAACAAACAAAAAAAAAAGAGUUAGAGACAUAGAUACAAAAAAAAAGAAUUUGUUUUCUUUUAUUGUACUUUAUUGUCAAACUAAAAAGACUGGACUUGGACGACUGUGCACGGCACCAUAGCACCACCCAGAGGGGAGUUUUAGCCAAACCUUGAUUUGGAGAAGAAGAAACUGUACUUCAGUUAAAGUUGACUCAGUAGUGACUGAGUGAAUAUGAAUGAUCAGUUAUUACAGCUUCAAUCAUUAUGCCUCAAGUUAAAAAAAAAAAUACUGAUAUUUUACUUUCCACUUUGUUCUUCUCUGUUUACUCACAUACUCCAUCAUGGCUUAACUGACUGGACUGAAGUAUCACUGAAGUGUUAAUAUCAGUGUGUACUGCUUCCUCUAGGCUUUACUGUAUGCUAACUGACCAGUCAAGCAGUGUAUGUACAAAUUUUAUUGUGAUGCUGAGACUGUAUUUUUUUGAGGAAUAGUCCCUUUUUCUUUUAAAUUUUUUUUUUUUUUUUACAUGUAUUAAAAUUAAGUGUUAUUGCCGCUCGGUAAUUGGUUAUUACACUAACUUGUUAAGAGAAGAUACCUCUUUGUAUUCAAAUGACGUUUUGAAUAUGAAAGUAAAUGUUAUUACUUGUGAACUGAAUGUGGACAGGAGACAUGUUUGGCAACAGCCCUUUUUCACAGAUGAUAUUUUGACUUGUUACAUUAGGAGAAGCACAGGUGUUACUAAUAAUAUUAACAAUGGCUCUGUUUUAUUCAAGUGUCCUUCACACACCGUCAUGACGGUGUGGAAAUGAGCCAGCAUGUAAAACACAACACAAUGAGAUAGCAGGAUCAGCUUCCUCAUAUUUUGGAUGUGUCUGAUGUGUUUAUGUGAUGAUCAUUGCAGUCAUAAUGUUGCUGCAUCUGUGUUUGACAAGUCACAAUGUCAUUUCACGUUUCACCCCACAUUUCUUGUCCCGUUCAUGUACAUCCGCCAGUUUGAGAACCACUGCAUUAACUAUGUAUAACAAAAUGUUAAUAUUACAGGGAAAGUGGAACAUCUUUUCUAUUUGCAGGACUAAGUGUAAACGUCUGUACAAACUCCAGCAAAAACACUUCACAAUAUCUGCUGGCUUCUGCUUUUUUCACUUAACUAUUCGCAGUUUAUCAUCAUUUGGCUCAUUUAUACUUGGUGUCAAGGGAACUACCUAUGUGCUGUGCUGCUAAUACAAUAAAAUUUUAACAUAAAA